AUGUCAACUUCCAAAACCCUAGAUCAUAUUAAGCCCUAUGAAACACCCCAAACUCAAACAGGGUUUGCUAUAAUCCACCAGAACACAACCACAACGGCCACAACUGGAGAGAGACGAGGCCGGAGAUCAAAGCAAGCAGAGCCAGGGAGGUUCCUAGGAGUCCGGAGACGUCCAUGGGGUCGUUACGCAGCUGAGAUAAGAGAUCCAACCACCAAAGAACGUCACUGGCUUGGCACUUUCGACACUGCUCAUGAAGCUGCUCUUGCCUACGAUAGAGCAGCUCUUUCUAUGAGAGGCACUCAAGGUCGAACUAACUUUAUCUACACUCCAACUGAUGUUCACACCAUCCUCACAAACCCUAAUCUCCACUCUCUCAUCGUCUCUCCUUACAACAACAACCAAUCUCUCUUACCAAACUCUUCUCCACAGUUUGUUAUUGAUCACCAUCCUCAUUAUCAAAACUAUCAUCACCAUCAGCAACUUAAAAACACUCUCCCCCAAACCGUUACACCCAUUCUUCAUCAAAACGCUGAUAUUCAAGCGUUUAAUACUAGUCCUCAAAACUCAUCUUCACUAGACGAAGAAAAAAACUUCUUCUCAUUAAAAAAUAACAACUCGGGUUACUUGGACUGCAUUGUCCCAAACCAUUGCCUUAAACCACCUCCGGAAACCACCACUACCCAAAGUCAAACCGGAGCUGGUUUCACAACUCAGGCAAGCAAAGCCUUUGACUCAUACGGAGGGUUUAAUAAUAGUUACUUUGAAGAUGGUGAUAUGAUGAUGAUGACGAUGAUGAAUCAGCAUGAGUUUGGUUCGUGUGAUCUCUCUGCCAUGAUAACUAACUAUGGUGCUGCUGCUUCAGUGUCAAUGGAGCCGCAAGAUUUCUCUUCUGCGUCUUCUUCUUCUUCUAUCGCUGCUUUUGGAGAUGUUGCAGACAUUACAGGCUUCUACUCGCUCUAUUAG